AUGGCCCCUAAGAAGAAAUGGUCUAAAGGAAAAGUGAAGGACAAGGCUCAACACGCCACUGUCUUUGACAAGAACCUCAUUGACCGUAUCAACAAGGAGGUUCCCGCCUUCAAGUUUGUUUCUGUCUCUGUCCUUGUCGACCGUAUGAAGAUCAACGGUGCUCUUGCUCGUAUCGCCAUCAAGGACUUGGCCGAGCGUGGUGUUAUUAAUAAGGUGGACCACUCCUCUAAGCAGUACAUUUACACUCGUGUUCCUGCUACCUCUGCCUAA